AUGGAUCCAGUCACGUAUCUGUCGCAAGUGCGGUUUCACCAAGCGGUGUUGUGUUCUCGAACCCAGUCCCGAGUCACGUUUGCCCUUGGUGGCGAAGGCUGGGACCCCGCCGUGACCACGCAGUAUGGAGGCAUCGGCACGCAAGACCCGCCAACAAAAGUCGCAUAUGUACACAAGGGACCUAUCCUUCUGUACCUGCUUCCGUCUGGAUGCAGUCGACUACUCGGAAUGAUAUUGGAGGGCAUCUGCAGACAUAAAAAGGUAUCGGUCCUUGCCAUCGAUCGCCCUGGUAGCGGCGGAACACCCAUGUGUUCAUUGCAAGACCGCAUCGAGGUUGCCACGCAUCAGACACUGAGCGUAUUGGAAGCGUUACAGCUGGACAAAGCAGAGCAGCCUCAGAUUGAUCUGGUCAGCCAUUCGGCAGGUUGGUUCUACGCUAUGGCACUGCUCGAAGCCGCUCCUCAAUACUUUGUCAGGCACGACUCGGCGACGAGAUGCGUCUUUUCCUCACCCUUCGUUCCCACCAGCCUCUCUUCGAGCUGGACACUGUCGUUGCUACCAAAGAGCCUUGUAGCACUGUCGCCCAAGGUGCUUCCAGUGGUAAGCCGUACGCUGGGCUGGUCGACGGGGCUAGGCGAGGACAUCCUCGACAUCAGCAAGGGACUUGUUUCAUGGAAGGAGGCCGACAUCGACCCAAGCUUGUCCGCGGAACAGCAGAGGUUCGAACGCGAGCGACUUGAGAAGAAGAACCACGAGAAGCGAGAAGCAAGUAAGCGCAAGAAUCCACACGCGCGGUUCCACCCUCCCUACGCAUCACACCUCAAGCUCGGUUUGGACGCUUGGAAGCAGCCAGACUUGCGACCAGAAGAUAGACCGCGCCAUCCAAAGACGAACCGUCCCCUCAAAACAGGCGCGGAUCUGCUUUUCGACUACGUCAUCGAGGAGGGCUCGCUGGAAGGCAUGACGCAAGAUUAUCUGUUGUGUUUGGGCAAAGCGCCGAAUCUGGACAACGAGGCACUGAGUCGAUGGAUGCUGAGUCGACUGCAAAGCUCGUUCAAGGCAAGUACGAGGUUGUCUGGGAAGGCGGUGGAGCUGGUCGUCUUGUGGGGAGGGGACGACUUUAUGAUCCCUCGCAAGGGAAGGGACUAUCUCGACUCGGUUCUCAAGAGCUCGAAUUUGGCACAGGUCGUGAACUACGAGCAAUGGGAAAUGGCCGACGCUGGACACGACGCAACGCUGUUCUCAGAGGUCGUCAUGGUGGAUGUGCUCAAGUUUUUGAACAAAGAGCCAUGA